AUGAGUCCUGCAGGACUCAUUCUGGACACAUGGACCGGAGACCAUGUGUCUCAGCAGAACCAACAGAACGGUUCUUCAGCAAAAGUCUGGAGAACCGGUGACGCCACGGAGGAGCAAACCCCUCCCCGGGAACCACAAUUCCGAACCGGAAGUCCCCCGUCCUCCUCGUGCGCCAGUUUGACGCUUCAGGAUUCAGUUCGGGAGUUUUUGCGAACAGAAGCGGACAGUAAGAGCGAAGAAAGAAACCAGGGAAAACCCGGCAGGAGGAAGAUCCGGUCCUCCUCUUCCUCACCUCCAGACAUGGCCGGAGCGCUCAGGAUGACUGAACCUCAGUUCGUGAACUACGGAGACGACAACAUGCAGUUAGCAAACUUCCUCCCCUAUGACUUCAUUCCUCCGAUGGAGAUCAAGACGGAGCCGUACAUACCUGAGACAGCUCACGGCCCGUACAUCCAGAUCAUCGAGGAACCCAAACAGCGGGGGUUCCGGUUCCGUUACGAGUGCGAAGGCCCGUCCCACGGCGGGUUACCGGGGGCGUCCAGUGAGAAGAACCGGAGGACUUACCCGACCGUGAAGAUCAACAACUACGUGGGCCACGCCCGGGUGGAGGUCCAGCUGGUGACCCACACCGACCCGGCCCGGGUCCACGCUCACAGCCUGGUGGGACGCCACUGCAACGAGAACGGGACCUGCAGCCUGGACAUCGGACCCAACGACCUGACCGCCUCGUUCAGCAACCUGGGAAUCCUCCAUGUGACCAAGAAGGGCGUGGUCGAGGUUCUGACCCGACGGCUCCGAGACGAGAGGCGGAGACAGAAAGGAACUCACUGUCAGCUCACAGGUACACAACACACUUCACACCUGGACACACACAAGGACCUGGACACAGUCAUGGACCUGAAUAUUGUCCGUCUUCGCUUCACCGCCUUCCUGCAGGACAGCAACGGCGGCUUCACCAGGGCGCUCAAACCCGUGGUGUCCAACCCCAUCUACGACAGCAAGUCUCCCAACGCAUCCAACCUGAAGAUCUCGCGGAUGGACAAGACGUGCGGAUCGGUGCUGGGAGGAGACGAGAUCUUCCUGCUGUGUGACACACAGUCACAGACACAGACGACAUCGAGAUCCACAUUCUACCUGAGGGAACACAGACACGGUUGCUGGAGGCCUUCACUUCUCUCCACACACGGCACCCACAAGCAGGGGGAGGAGCCCAGAUGUCAGGCUCCGCCCCUCCAACGUCAGGCUCCGCCCCCCAGCAGGGUGAGGGUCCGCCCGGCUCGGCUGUGCAGCAGCAACUGCUUCGGAUCGCCAGAGAGGGACAAAUUCAGGGGAACCUUCCUGAACCCAAACAGGAAGGAAACAGAACCGUUUGGGGUCCCAGUGUUCAGUGCUUGGACCUGGCGAGGUUCUGGUUCUGUUCUGGUUCUGGUGUCUCUAACGGCUCGUCUCUCUCCAGGUUUCCAGUUCUCCCAGAUGAACGGAGGACCAGGAGGCGGAACUUUCUACACCGGAGGCUUCACAAACUUCCCCUCAGGGGGAGGAGCCCAGAUGUCAGGCUCCGCCCCUCCAACGUCAGGCUCCGCCCCCCAGCAGGGUGGUCCGCCUGCUCGGCUGCAGCAGCAACUGCUUGGAUGUGAGUGUUAUGCACCAGAAACGCCGCUCCACCUGGCGGUCAUCACGCGGCAGGUGAAGGUAGCGGAGGUGCUGCUGCGGUGCAACCACCUGCAGCAGACGCCGCUCCACCUGGCGGUCAUCACGCGGCAGGUGAAGGUAGCGGAGGUGCUGCUGCGGGCGGGGGCCGACCCCACCCUGGUGGACAAAGAUGGCCGCAGCCCGCUUCACCUGGCUGCGCUGGCCGGAGACACGGCCACGCUCCGCCUCCUGCUGGCCCACCUGGGAGAGCACCACGCACACCUGGUGAACACGCCGGACUACCACGGAGGGGCGGAGCCUGCGCUGACCCUGAUGCGUCGGCGAGGCGCUGAGCUGUGGCUGUGUGUCUGCAGGUCUGCAGCCAAAGUGGCCUGCACGCUCAUCACUGAGCUGAAGGCCGACGUCAACACCUGCACCUUCGGAGGAAACACGCCGUUGCACCUGGCGGCCAGCCUGGGCUUCCCCACGCUCUGCUCCAUGCUGAUCGCUGCAGGUGCUGAUAAGAACAUGGAGAACGACGCCUUAAUGUUUCAGCUGCCAGGCGGGCAGAGGUCAGAGGAGGCGACGAAUCAGCGAGGGAGGCUGAGCAGCCACCUGUCAGAAGGUAGCAGAGCUGGCGGGGCGCAGACCUGGUGUCCCUGGAUGAAGCUGGCCGAGAAGCUGGGCAUGGUGGCGCUGGUGGGCGCCAGGUCGAGGACGCAUGGGCUGACGGCCCUGCCGCACCUCCAGGCCAGCAUGGCCCUGCUGCAGCACUACAAGCUGGGUGGUGGUCCGGUUGAAGGCCUGGUGGAGGCGCUGCAGGCUCUGGGGCUGACGGAGGGAGUCCAGCUGCUGAGGAACACGGAGCUGCGAGACGACAAGCUCAGCUCAGACGCCACGGUGGACAGCGGCUUCAGCAGCCAGCCAAUGGAGGAGCAGCAGCAGGAGGAGAUGACCAAUCAAUGAGCAGCAGUGGCAUCAUGUGACCGCUGAGGAAGGAUCAGUUGAAGACGUGUUUGUUCUGCUGGAGGAGGCAGAAACGCUGCAAAAUGGAUCAACAUCACUCCCUUCAUCAUUUUCAUCCUGAGCUGAUUCACCAGAAACUGGAACUUUGACUUUUAUUUAUAUUGUAAUGUCCUUCGGUUUCAUUCGUCUUCAAAUCAAGACUAAAACUGGAAUUUCCUGGUUUCUGUGGGGUGUUUGAAUGCAGCACCGCCCCUUGUUGACUCACCUGUCAGGUGCAGAAGAUCAAUGAUGCCAAAAUUAUGUUUAAUGUUGUAAAAACCGAUAAAAUGUUUCCUUUGAGAAUAAAUGCUGUUAAACUGUG